AUGAAUUACAACCACGACUACAUGGCCCAGACGCGUGCUGACCACGCCAACGGGCAAGCCCAGCUCAACAGGGCACCAGCGUAUCAGCAGCAACAGCAUCCCCAGCUACAGCACCAGCAGAUCCCCAAUUUGGCGUUUCGUAACCAGCAGCACCAAGAGUAUCACGAAGAUUCGUUCAUGGACGAGGACACGUCGGGUUUUGUUGAAAAUCUGCCUUCUCAGGAAGCUCAAGUACCGGGGACUAAUAGAUACACUCAGUUUUACCAGCAGCCGGUGCUUCAGAAUCACUAUCAGCAACAGCAACAACAGCAACAACAGCAACAGUACGAGCAAAACGUUCAGGUUUCUCCAACCUUCUCGAAUGGCCACUUCGACAACUACCCAGGAGACAACAAUAGACACCUCCAUCUGGUGGACUCUGGGUCGCUGGACGUGUUUAGGCCGCCUCAGGGUAUUACUACCUUGAACAAUAUCUCCAACACGAACUUGCUGGAGGUGAGCAACUCAAACAACUCAGUGACAAACUCGUUGAAUGAUCCAUUGACGUAUUCCCACAAUAACGUCUCUGUGGGCAACUUGGCUUCGUCGUCACCUCCAAAGCAGCACUCACCCAUCCAACCUCAUGUUCAGCUCCAAAUGCAGCAACCGCCACAUCCAACAAUUCCGCUGUUGCAAUCUGGGUUGAAGCAGCCAAACCCUCAGUAUAGAAAUAGUGACACUCCACGAACUCCCCCAUCGCAGGUGGCUAAUCUGCCCGGGAAGUCUGGGGAGGUUCGUGACAGGAGAAAUAACUACGUAUACUUCAACAGAAACCCAGAUCUCAUGAGCAAAGUGACUCAAGAUAAAGCCGCUGCCAUGAAGCUCAGGCUCGAGAAUUACUACCAAAUGUCUGUGAGCCACGCCAUUGAGAGAAAUCAGCGUAGAUUGGACUUAGAAAACAAGUUGAUGGCUGAAGAGGCUGGACUGAGUGAAGAAAGAAAAAAUAGGCAGUUGCAAAACUUGGGGAAGAAAGAGUCUCAGUUCUUGCGUCUUAGAAGGACAAAAUUAUCUUUGGAUGACUUUAUUACGGUCAAAGUGAUUGGUAAAGGUGCCUUUGGUGAGGUCAGAUUGGUGCAGAAAAAAGACACAGGUAAGAUCUACGCCAUGAAGACCCUUUUGAAAUCUGAAAUGUACAAGAAAGAUCAAUUGGCGCACGUCAAGGCGGAAAGAGACGUUUUGGCUGGCAGUGAUUCUCCUUGGGUGGUCUCUUUAUACUACUCAUUCCAAGAUCACGUCAAUCUCUACUUGAUUAUGGAAUUUCUUCCCGGAGGCGAUCUUAUGACGAUGUUGAUUCGUUGGCAAAUCUUUACGGAAGACAUUACGCGAUUCUAUAUGGCAGAGUGUGUUUUGGCGAUCGAGGCCAUUCACAAGUUGGGUUUCAUACAUAGAGACGUGAAGCCAGACAAUAUCUUGAUCGAUAAGAGAGGACAUGUGAAGCUCUCUGACUUUGGAUUAUCGACAGGGUUCCAUAAGACACACGACUCCAAGUACUACAAAAAACUUCUAGAGAAGGAGGACAACAAGGUACAGAACUCCAUGUUGCAAGUUCCCGGGAAGGGCCAAGCACAGCGUAAUUCGAUGAUGGUCGAUGCCAUUCAUUUGACCAUGAGCAACAGACAGCAAAUGCAGACGUGGAGAAAAUCCAGAAGACUCAUGGCGUAUUCAACAGUGGGCACGCCCGACUACAUUGCUCCCGAGAUCUUUAUUCACCAAGGUUACGGUCAGGAAUGUGACUGGUGGUCGCUUGGGGCCAUCAUGUUUGAGUGUCUCAUUGGAUGGCCCCCUUUCUGUUCUGAGACACCCCACGAGACGUACAGGAAGAUCAUCAAUUGGCAGGAAACGUUAGUGAUUCCCGAGGACAUUCAUUUGCUGCCGGAAGCCGAGGACUUAAUCCGGAGGCUCUUAACCAGUAGUGACAGGAGACUUGGCAGGCACGGUGGGGCCGAUGAAAUCAAGCAGCAUCCGUUCUUCCGCGGUGUCGACUGGGAAACAAUCAGGCGAGUGGACGCGCCAUUUAUCCCAAAACUCAAAUCGAUUACUGAUACAAGAUUUUUCCCUACCGACGAGCUUGAAAAUGUACCUGACAGCCCUGCGAUGACAAGGGCUCACAAGCAGCAACAGCAACAGCAACAAGACGGAAAGAAUAUCAAAGAGGAUUUACCAUUCAUUGGGUACACGUACUCGAGAUUUGAUUACCUUACGAGGAAAAAUGCAUUGUAA